AUGGCCGCCGCCUCGCCUGCAUCGUCGACAAGAACCAAGUCCGACCAUGUCGACGCUUCGGAAAAGCAGCCGCGCUGGCGCAUAUCCUCUUUAUCACGCCGGACGGGUGCAUCGACGCAACAGUAUGCCUAUGAGAGUUUUCACCGCGGCAAGCAGCUGCGGCACAUGAUCUUCUGGACCUUCUGCCGGUGGCUAUUCACAGCCGUGCUAGCCAUGUCCAUCUUUGUGGUAAUAUGGAAAUAUUCCCAACCCGCUGCUCUGCCGGCAAUCAAGAAGAGCGAGUUCAACUCACUCGUUAUUGGAUUGUCCAUUGCCUACAGUCUGAAUCUUGCCAGCGCCCUCAAGAGAGAUGCUAGUUAUCUGCGCUGGUGGCUGCUCAGCCUGCGGCCCUACUCCCCUCGAGAGGCCGAUCUUAUCCUGCAAUGCGAAAACAUGAGCGGUCUCUUGAAGCUGGGAUACAUGUCCCGCCACCUGUCCAUCCGGCUGUUUGUGCUUCUCUUCCUGACUCUCAACAUGGCUGCGCAAGUGGCCCUCGCCCUACUCGGAAUUACGUACAAUAUAAAUCCCGCAGAUCAUAUAACCGUCACCCGGCCAGGCCUCGUGUCUAUUCCCGACAUGAGCUCAAUUCAGCUGGACAAGAGUCUUAUUAGCGGUACUCGGAGGCCCGAUCUAGAUGACUCCCAGACCGAGAACGCAAGACGAUAUAUGGCCAACACUUUUGGUCAAUCUACAUUGACCAUGCAAUGGAACUCUAUAGACGAGGCGCCGAAACCAGGAAAGUUCAAUGAUGCGCGGGACCCAAUCUUUUUUUCCAACAUCACCGACGGCCUCCCCGUCAUCUACACGUACUAUUUCUACGAGUCGUCCCCCCAAGACGCAGACUACGUGGCCAGCGUGGCGACGAAUCGGACAAUCUCCGCAUGGUCCGACUGCAAAGAGUACAAGGUCGUUGCCGGCGGCGACGGCUUAAGCCCCAACAUUACCUUCUUGUGGGAAGACAAUGAACCGAUUUCCUGGGAACUUCCGUCUGCCAAGGGCCCCGAUCAAGUCAUGUACAUUCACGACCCGGAACUCGACGCGGGGGACACGUGGGCCGUCAUCUACGCCUUUGAAGCCUCCAUCAAAGAGCCGUGGUUCUACAGGUGCAACACCACCAUUGGAUCCGUCACCAACGCCGUCAUCAAGGAGCACGAGGUCAGCGCCAAUGUCACGCGCUACGCCGCCGCCGCCAUUGCUCUCCAAGGCUACGGCUCCUCGGCCGGGGACCUGACCAACAACACCAAGUUCACCCAGUGGCAGAGCUACCCGUCCCAAUCCACAUUCGGCUACCCCUACAACGGAACCGCUGACAUGAGGGGCGCCACGGCGUCUUUAUUUGCCAUUGGGACCGUUGUUGCCGUUGCAGGGGCCAACGACGACGUGGAGGUGCGCGGCAUGACCCCCAUGAGAGGCAUUACGCUUGAGAUCGCGAGCUGGACGACAUUGUAUCUGAUUUUGGGGCUGACCGUUGGUUUGCAGCUCUUCUUCUCUGUUGCGGCCGUGGUUAUCGCCAAUACGGUGCAGCUGAGGGGCCAUAGUCACCUUGCCAUGACCGCGUUGCUGAGAGAAUCCCUGGACGGGCUGGGGAGUGCCGCACCGGUCGCGUCGGGUAAGCAAGUGGCUGCCAUGAUGGGGGACAAGGCCAAGCUGCGGUAUGAGAGGCGAGGAAAGGGAAGGGGUUACCACGUCAUGGUGAGCUAG